AUGCCAAUUGACAAUUAUGUUAAAAAAAAAAAUAUUAGUAUACCUCCUGAUGAUAAAAGAAUGAUUACUAUUGCAAGUUCGAAAUACUGUGCGUUUGACAUGCGUUGUUUGAAUACUGUUAAUGGUGAAGGUUUUAAACAAUUAUAUCAGGCACUAAUUGAUUCGGGUUAUAAAUAUGGUUUAGCUAAAUUAAGUAAACCAUCUGUUGAAGUAUUAUUCCCUGAUUGUACAAAUAUGUCACGUAAUUUAAAAGAAGUUAAAUUAAUUGAAAUAAGUACUGAUUAUUGGAGAAAUUCUUAUACAAAUGAGAAUUUUUUAACGAUAAACAUUCAUUAUACAAAAAGUGAUAAUCCUGUAACAUAUAUGUUAAAAACUCUUUAUUUCUCAGGAACUAAAAGUGGUGAAAAUACAAUUCGAAUUAUUAAAUCGGUAUUGAGAUCAUAUGGUUUAGAUCAAGAUGGUAAACAUGUUAUAUAUUUAACAGAUAAUGCAUCAAACUUCAUUUCAGGAUUAAAAGACGAAGAUGUAAUGAUGGAAUUUGCUCAAGAAAAUCAACCUGAUUCAAAUGACGAAGAAGAAGAUGAUGAAGUUGAUCGUUAUGUUAAAUCAAAACUAAUAAUCAAUCAUGAAGAAUCUGUAUUAAACUGGUGGAAAAAAUGA